CAGCCAGGCUGCCCGCUUCCUAGCGAGCUUCUCCCGACUCGCCGCUGCGCCGCAGGUUCAUUUCUCUGCUGAAUCUGUUUAUCCGAAACAGCCCGCUUGAUUCCCGCUCUGCUGUUGAAGCCGUGCCCUCUCCAAUAUGGCCGCCCUGUUCGGCUGCGGGAAACCGGAAGUGUGGAGGAGAGUUUAUGAGAAGUACCGGGACGUGAUGGAGGCCGCGGCCAAAGCCAGGAGGCCGAAGCUCCUGCAGCUGGACAAAUGGUACCAGGAGGAAUUGCCGGCGCUGAUUUUGAGUCGACCUGACAAACACAUCACUCUGUCAGAGCUGAAGAUGCUAAUGGAGUGGAAGCUAACGGCAGCGUGUGUCUCGUGUGUCGUCCAGAGGGGGAAGUUCAGGCCGAGGCUGCAGCAGCUGGUGGCCUCCAACGACCAGGACGCCGUCCAGAAACGCUCCAGAACGGCGCUGGGCCUCCUGCCCGACGUUCCGGCCGCCGUCGCUGAGCUCAGCGGCCUGAAAGGCGUCGGCCCCGCCACAGCCUCAGCGGUGUUGGCAGCAGCGGCUCCGGCUCUGGCUGCCUUCAUGUCCGAUGAAGCAGUGGAGAACGUUCCCGGCCUGCAGCCCGUUCAGUACACCGCCAAGCACUACGCGCUCUACCUGGACAAAAUGGCCGCCCAGGCCGCCAAGCUGAAUCGAGUGGAUCCGCUGCAGGACUGGACGCCUCACCGGCUGGAGUUGUGUUUGUGGGCCGCCGCCACCGCGGCCAGGCUGCAGCUUCCGGUUCUGGAGGAUCUGAAUGGCGGCGACCCGCUGACCUCAGAUGGCGACCAGAGGCCAGCCAAGAAGAUCAAAACUAAUUAAAACACGUUGGUGAAGUUAGUAAAUUACAGUUUGGGUCAUUUAGCCUGAUACAAGAGGAUUUGUUUCCAAAAUCCAUAUUUUCAUAAAGUUACUCACUUAGAAAAGUCAGUUUCUAACUAAAAACUUCAUUUACACUCUAAAUAUUUAGUUAGCAAGCUAAAUAUUUCUUACUAAAUAUUUUGCUUCAAACAAAAUAUUUGUUCAAAUUGGAGUUAUUUGGCUAAAUAUUUAUCUUGCUGAAUGUAUGUUUAGUUUGUAAACUAGUUAGUUAGCUAAAUAAAUGUUUAAAUAUUAAAUAUUUAGCCUGCUGAAGUUAGUUAGUUAAAUAUUUAACUUGCUCACUAUUUAAAUAGUUAACUAGCAAAGUAUUUCUACAGUUUAUGCAGAGAAAAUAUUUUGUUUGAAGAUAAAUAUUCAGCUAGUUACUUUGCUUUAAGCUAAAUAUGUAAUUAUUUAGUUUGAAGUGAAACAUUUAGCUUACUCGCUAAAUGUUUUAUUUGCAGUUAAGUAUUUAGUUUGAAACUGACAUUUAUAAAUGAAUUAAUUACAUGGUGAAAACAUGAGUGGAAAAUGAAACCUGAUUUUAUUUCUAUAUUAAAAGCUAAAUAACUCAAAUUAUUUAAUUAAUUUACAAACACCCACACUUACAAAUCUCCAAACUGUGGAGGAUGUCUAAAGGUUUGUAAUUUUGUAUUUGCAGAAAGAAUAAAGUUUUCUUUAUGGAAGAAAGAAUG